AUGAGAAAGAUCCAAGAAGUGGAAAAAAAUGUUCCUGAUUGGACACUUAACAAAAAACAGGUCCUACUUGAAUCGGCUGUGUGCAGUUUUUAUUACUUAAAUGGCAAAUCACUUUUGAUUUUGGAUAGUUUUACCUGUCAGCCAACCAACCCCAAAAUGUCUGGGGACCAAGAAAUGCAAGAUGUUCGAAAGCACAUCCUUGAAGAUACUCAAGGUUCAGACAAUGCUGAUAUUAUGGGCGAUAUAGAAAAUGCUUUGGAUUACCAGGAUUUUGAUGACACUGAACAGGGUCGACAACUUUAUUUUGAUGAUGGUGUCCGAAGAAUCGAUUACAUUUUGGCUUGGGAGACAACAGGCAAGAAAAUGAUGGAAGCUGAAACAGCAAGAUUGACUUUCUAUAACAACCUGAAGAAAGAAUUCUUGGAAUUAGAAGAAGACAAAAGUGACCCUGACGUACACUUCAUGAAGGUUCAUGCUCCAUUUGAUGUUCUACGUCGAUAUGCUGAACUGCUGAAACUCAAAGUCCCCAUGAAAGAGACUGCAGAUUUAUUGGAGUAUGCUGAACAGUAUGAUGAACAGGUAUGA